UUCCUUGAUUCUUCCGCUUCGAUGAAAUCGGAAUAGCUCUUAUAGUACUCCAUUUUAUUUGUAUGAAUUCGAAUGGGAUUCAACUAUUUCUUAUUGAUUUUUGAAAAAGUAGGAAUUUGUUGGGUAUUUGGAAUAAUUGGAAUAAAUAGAAGUAUAAGUAGUCAAAAAUUUGUAUCUUUAUUUACAUUUUUUGUUUGGAAAAGAAUCUGUUUUUAUGUUAUUUCGUACUGUACAAAUUCUUUGUUUGUGUAAUCGUUUUCCCACAAGGGGUAAUGAAAAGAAUUUUAGAAUGGAUUGAUACCUAUGUCUAGAAAUGGGAAUUUUAUUGAUAAGACCUUUUCAGUUGUGGCCAAUAUCUUAUUACAAAUAAUUCCGACAACUUCAGGAGAAAAAGAGGCAUUUACUUAUUACAGAGAUGGUGUGAUUUGAUUUUCUUUAUUAUUUAGUUUCCUUUUACCGCUCCUAGUCUUAUGAGGAAAGCACACGCUUCGGGAUAGAAAGAACAAAUAUUCUUAUUCCAUAUGAUAGAAAUAAACCUACGCUUGUUGAAGGUGAAGUUUAGAAAUAGAACAAUUCCUUCUGUCGUGUAUCCCCGAUUGAUGCAACCUCAGAUACUAUGCUUCAGUUAUAGAUUUUAGUAUUGAACGAAAGGUUACACCUUUGUGUUUUGUAUUACAGGUCAAUUCUACUUCCUAGUAAUGUAAUAUAGUACCAAUAGGCGGCAUAGGGGAAAAAGCACUACACCUAGCAAUCGACAACACGAAAGCUUUGUUAAAAAUUACUUACCUACUCCCUUUCGUAUCUGGGUUGGGACUAACAAGAAUGGUUGGGACAACAAACAUCCAUCUCGUUCGUACUUUGGAUACCCGUAUAACCAUCGAAGACUGUUGAAGUGCCUAUUUCCUGGAAAUUAGGAGGCGUUGAGGACAAAGGAAUUGUUUGAGUUAUCCUUUCUAUUUAGUAUCAAGACACUUGAUUCUAGUAAAAGCUCUUGCGCAAGAAGGUUGGCUAGAGAUUUUUUGUAAAAACACUAGCCCCGCUCAGUUCAUAAUGAGAAUGUUUUAACCCUUUUUGAUUAUUACAUUACAUGUAUUUUUAAUUCUCAUUAUGUAUAUUUAAGGGAGGAGCCGUAUGAGGUGAAAAUUUCACGUACGGUUCUGGAACGGAGAUUCUUUGAAUCGAAUAACGACCGUAACGGAUGUCAGCUCAAUCUGAAGGAAAUUAUGCGGAAGCUUUACAGAAUUAUUAUGAAGCUAUGCGACUAGAAAUCGAUCCCUACGAUCGAAGUUAUAUACUCUAUAAUAUAGGCCUUAUUCACACAAGUAAUGGAGAACAUACGAAAGCUUUAGAAUAUUAUUUUAGGGCACUAGAACGAAACCCAUUCUUACCACAAGCUUUUAAUAAUAUGGCAGUGAUCUGUCAUUACGUGCGGCUAUCUCCACUAUAGAAAGAAAAAGGAAGACAAAAUCUUCUAGUAAAUACUAAAAAAAAAGGCUCGUUACAAAUGCAUCGUCCAAAACGACGAUUUCCUUGAGCUGUAGCAAAGAAAUAAACUUCAUAUUAAUAGAAGUCAAAAUAUGCCUAGAUACUUUUUUCUAUGUCUAUGGAUAAAAAAAAGAUCUAAUUGAUAGAGAGGAAGCACCGUAAAGAUCAAUUAAUGGGGUUUUGGGCCAAUACAUUAAGAUAAAGAACUGCUUACUUAUGUCUAUAUAUAAGAUAGAAAAAAGUAAGGAAUUGACUUAUGUAAUAGAGUUGAUCCACUAAGACUAAGGUAUUGAGCGGCGGUGUAGGAUCAAAUCCCAAAGAUAGUAAGUCUUUUCUUUCUUACUUAUGAAGGAAAGCCUUUUUCAAAGAUUCUAUAUAAAUCUCGAUAUGAAACCGAGAUAGUUACCUUGCGGAAAAUAUGAAGGAUAGGCGUAAAUACUUGUGCUUUCUUCUUCUGCAGGUGGGAGAAAAGAUAAAACUGAAACUGAUUUUUAAUUAAAUCAAAAUGAAAGUUUGAAACUCAUCUGAUUAACCUCUUUUGGUUCCUCCGAACAGUAGAAUAGAAAUCAGAAAUCUAUGAACAAAAAGAAAUCGCAUUCGGUUUAAUAGGACACCAUAAAGAAUUGACUGCGGAGCCGUAUGAGGUAGGAAACUCUCAAGUACGGUUCUAAGGGAAGGAAUUGACCUUAUUCCUAUUCCGACCGGGGAGAACAAGCCAUUCGACAGGGAGAUUCUGAAAUUGCGGAGGCUUGGUUCGAUCAAGCCGCUGAGUAUUGGAAACAGGCUCUAACGCUUACUCCUGGGAAUUAUAUUGAAGCGCAUAAUUGGUUGAAGAUCACGGGGCGUUUCGAAUAAAAGAAAAAAUUGUUAUUUUUUAGAAUUCUUUUUGGUCUAUUAGUCAAAUAAAAUGGAAUCAUUCUUCGAGAAAGAACCAAUUAAAGAAUUUCUUUCUAUCGGUUUUCAGAUCAUUCUGGUUUGUCUGGUAUUUCGUAGGGAUAAAGAAUACAGAGCUAGA